AUGCUUAUUCCAUCAAGGGAGCUCCACCCUUCCUCUGAUAACAUCGAAUUCAGAGUGCCUUUGAGACAUGAUGGCUCCUUUAAAACGCUCCAAGACCUUUCUAUUGGCGAUUACUUGUUAACAGUUUCCUCUACUGAUUACAAUUUCGACAAAGAUCGCUUUGUCGUUUUGAUUAACGAGACGCAAGAUGCUUCUAACAACAACAUCACAAUAACCGCCUACGAAAAUGAACUUGGCCAUAGAUACAACGACCUAAUUGAGGUGGACUAUCCUUUAAAUAUAACUUUGAAUCAAAAGAACCCUUUAAGAAAAUACUACGAGCCCAAAAAUAAAGGCAUAACUACUUCUGGUCCUAUUGCUGGAUUGUUGAAUAGUAAGCUAGCCUUGUUCGGAACCGUCUCUUCAAUUAUACUCUUGAUUGGCUUUAAUUACAUCCAAAAACUUGAUCCAGAUUUCCUCAAGGACCUACAAAACGAUUACAGCAAUUUACAACAAGUGGUGGCCCAAAAUAAAAACCCAAAGAACUCUCAAAGACCAGCAUUGCCCACAAAAGUAAAAUCAAAAAGGAACUGA